AUGGCUGGGGAAAACUACACUACAGUGACCGAAUUCAUUCUCCUGGGAUUCACUGAUCAUCCAGUGCUGCAGAGCAUCAUCUUCAUGGUGUUUCUAGUGAUCUAUAUCACCACGCUGGUGUGGAAUCUCGGGCUGAUUGUGCUAAUUAGGGUCAAUCCCCAUCUCCACACGCCCAUGUACUUCUUCCUCAGUAAUUUGUCUUUUGUCGACCUCUGUCACUCCUCAGCCAUCGCCCCAAAGGCAAUGCAGAAUUUCUUGUCAGAAAGGAAAUCAAUCCCUUACAUGGGAUGUGCUGCUCAAAUGUUCUUCUUCACUACAUUGAUAACCACAGAAUGUUUCCUCCUGGCCGUGAUGGCUUAUGACCGAUAUGUGGCUAUUUGUAACCCCCUGCUCUAUAUGACCAUCAUGUCCCCAAGGGUCUGUGCCCAGCUGGUGGCUGGGUCAUAUAUCUUGGGUGUUACUGGUGCUUCGGUUCAAACAAGCGGAGCCUUUCGAUUAGCCUUCCAUGGCUCCAACAUCAUCAAUCAUUUCUUCUGUGACAUCCCAGCAGUCGUCAAGCUCUCCUGCUCCAGCACCUACAUUUCAGAGAUGGUGCUUUUCAUCUUCUGUGGGGUUAUUGCCCUCACAACAUUUUCGAUCAUCCUUGUGUCCUACAUUUACAUCCUCACCACCAUCCAGAGGAUCCGCUCCACUGAGAGUAGGUGUAAAGCCUUCUCCACAUGCACCUCCCAUCUGACAGCCGUCACUGUGUUCUACGGGACAGCCAUUUGCAUUUAUGGCAUACCUCAAUCCAAACAUUUGCUUGAAGAGGGCAAAAUCAUCUCGGUGUUUUAUACUCUGGUGAUUCCCAUGUUGAACCCCCUGAUCUACAGCUUGAGGAACAAAGAGGUGAAGGAUGCUCUGACAUCAACUGUAAGAAGAAAAAUACUACUGUUUAGAACCUGA